AUGGCGACCUACACGCGUGGCCUCUGCAGCCUUUCUGCUAACGCCCUGGUCGCCUUUCGUGGUUUUUUCCAGAAUCGACACAAAAGCGACAAUCACGUCAAUAACCGUCCCGUCCAGGUGCUGGUCAAUGGCAGGUUGAAGGCCGACAAGUGGAUGAACAUCCAGGUGGGCGACGUCAUCAAACUGGAGAACAACAACUUUGUGACGGCCGAUCUGCUGUUGCUCUCCAGCAGCGAGCCGCACAGCCUGACGUACAUCGAGACGGCGGAGCUGGACGGGGAAACCAACCUGAAAGGGAAGGAGGCGCUGACGGUCACGGCGGAGCUGGGGGAGGACCUUCAGAAACUGAGCGAUUUCAAUGGGGAAGUCAGAUGCGAGGCACCGAACAACAAGCUGGAUAAGUUCACGGGGACGCUGACGCUCCACGGGGAGAAGUUUGCCCUGGACAACGAGAAGAUGCUGCUGCGGGGCUGCACCAUCAGGAACACGGAGUGGUGCUUCGGCCUCGUGAUUUACGCCGGGCCAGACACCAAAUUAAUGCAGAACAGCGGGAAAACAACCUUUAAACGGACGAGCAUUGACCGGCUAAUGAACGUCCUUGUGUUAGUGAUCUUUGCUUUCUUAGCCCUGAUGUGCUUCAUCCUGGCCAUCGGGAACGGCAUCUGGGAGUACAAGAAGGGCUACUACUUCCAGGUCUACCUGCCCUGGGCGGAGGGCGUCACCUCUGCUCCCUACUCGGGGUUCCUCAUGUUCUGGUCGUACGUGAUCAUCCUGAACACCGUGGUGCCGAUUUCACUCUACGUCAGUGUAGAGAUUAUACGUCUGGGCAACAGCUUCUACAUCGACUGGGACCGUAAAAUGUAUUACCCGCUGAACGACACGCCCGCCCAGGCCCGCACCACCACCCUCAACGAGGAGCUGGGCCAGAUCAAGUACAUCUUCUCGGACAAAACGGGCACGCUCACGCAGAACAUCAUGGCUUUCAACAAGUGCUCCAUCCACGGGAAAGCCUACGGUGAGGUGUACGACAUGGCUGGGCAGAGGACGGAGAUCACUGAGGUGCGUGGUGGGCUGCUAGCAGGGUCAGGGGUGCCCUGCUGGGAUGGGCUCCAAGGGACACGGGCCAAAGCCACCCCCUGCCCCUACAUACACACCCAGUGCCUGGUUCGGGACUGGUGCCCUAGGGGUCACCUGGUGUACCAGGCCCAGUCUCCGGACGAAGGAGCCCUGGUCACCGCAGCCCGAAACUUCGGCUUCGUGUUUCGGGCUCGCACCCCGGAGACCAUCACGGUGGUGGAGAUGGGAGAGACGAAGGUCUACGAGCUCCUGGCAAUUCUGGACUUCAACAACGUGCGCAAAAGGAUGUCCGUCAUUGUGAGGAGCCCGGAUGGCGACCUGACCUUGUACUGCAAGGGGGCCGACACCAUCCUCUACGAGCUGCUGGAUGCUUCCUGCGGGGCCCUCAAGGAGGAGACCAUGGAGCACUUGAACGAGUUCGCCGGCGAAGGCUUGCGCACGCUGGUUGUGGCCUACAAGAGCCUGCAGAAGGACUACUUCGCCGACUGGCACCAGCGUCACCACGAGGCGAGCACGGCCCUGGACGGGCGGGAAGAGAAGCUGUCGGAGCUGUACGAAGAGAUCGAGACAGACUUGAUGGUGGGUCCCCCCGGGCCGCGUGGGGGGCAGGCGGCUCCGUCUGAGUCUGUGGCUUUUCCAGAGACUGCCGUGAACAUCGGCUACUCCUGCAACAUGCUGCACGACGACAUGAAGGACGUGUUCAUCAUCGAGGGCAGCUCCUCGGAGGACGUGCUCAAGGAGCUCCGGAGCGCACGGAAGACAAUGAAGCCGGACUCCUUCCUGGAGAGCGAUGAAAUUAACAUCCUGUUUGAGAACCCUUCGGCAAAGUCCAGGAUCCUCCCCGAAGAGCAAGCGAACGGGGUCUAUGGCCUCGUUGUCAACGGCCACAGCUUGGCUUACGCGCUGGAAGGGCGCCUGGAGCUGGAGCUGGUGCGGACAGCCUGCAUGUGCAAGGUGGUGAUCUGCUGCCGCGUGACCCCCCUGCAGAAGGCCCAGGUGGUGGAGCUCGUGAAGAAGUACAAGAAGGCCGUGACCCUGGCCAUCGGGGAUGGGGCAAACGACGUCAGCAUGAUCAAAACUGCCCACAUCGGGAUCGGCAUCAGCGGGCAGGAGGGGAUGCAGGCCGUGCUGUCCAGCGACUUCUCCUUCGCCCAGUUCCGUUACCUGCAGCGCUUGCUCCUGGUCCACGGGCGCUGGUCCUACAUCCGCAUGUGCAAGUUCCUCCGCUACUUCUUCUACAAGACCUUCGCCGGCAUGAUGGUGCAGAUCUGGUUCGCCUUCUACAGCGGCUUCACGGCCCAGACAGUCUAUGACCAGUGGUUCAUCACGCUCUACAACCUGGUGUACACCUCCCUGCCAGUGCUGGGCAUGAGCCUCUUUGACCAGGACGUGGAUGACCGCUGGAGCAUGCUGCUCCCUCACCUCUACGAACCGGGGCAGCAGAAUCUCUACUUCAACAAGCUGGAGUUUGUCAAGUGCGUGUUGCACGGGACCUACAGCUCCCUCGUGCUCUUCUUCAUCCCCUACGGGGCCAUGCACGACGCCGUGCGCAGCGACGGGAAGGCCAUUGCCGACUACCAGUCCUUCGCGCUCAUGGCCCAGACCUGCCUGCUCAUCGUGGUCUCUGUGCAGAUCGGGCUGGACACUGCCUACUGGACGGCUGUGAACCAGUUCUUCAUCUGGGGCAGCCUCUCCGUGUACUUCGCCAUCAUCUUCACCAUGUACAGCGACGGCAUGUACCUCAUCUUCACGGCCUCCUUCCCCUUCAUUGGUAAGCAGGGGCGGCUCCCGCAGGGCCCUGCGACCCCCGUGGGCAGUGCCGCACGGCCGUGGGUCCCCGGCGGAGGGAGGCCCAGUGUGUCAGGCCCCUGGAGGCCACACCACGCCGGAUCUUAGCUAUAACCCCGGGGUGUGCACUAGCACAUGUGCCCUGUCUCUGGAGCCCACUCGUGCAUGCACAUGCCUGUGUACCCACUUGGCCACACAGUUCACACUCAUGCCUACCCGUGUACACACACACGCCCUGCAGCUACGUGCACGUGCACACUCACGCCUGCCCAUGUACACACCCUGUAGCCUGGUGAACAUGUACACUCACGCCUACCUGUGUACACGCCCUGUAGCCUGGUGCACGUGCACACUCACGCCUGCCCAUGUACAUGCCCUGUAGCCUGGUGAACAUGCACACUCACGCCUACCUGUGUACACGUCCUGUAGCCAGGUGAACGUGCACACUCACACCUACCCGUGUACACACCCUGUAGCCAGGUGACUGCACACUCAUGCCUACCUGUGUAUAUGCACAUUCCCUGGAGCCCGGUGAACGUGCACACUCACACCUACCCAUGUACACGCCCUGUAGCCAGGUGAAUGCACACUCACACCUACCCGUGUACACGCCCUGUAGCAGAUUGCUGAAAACGCUGCUCCACAUGGUGCCGCCUCGUGCAGCGCUCAGGGGGUGGAACUUGGCCCCACACACCCAGGGGAAGCUCAUCUGGGCAAACGUGGUUCGGGGAGGAAGCACG